UCAACUGUGUGCAUUAGCACACGUGUGGGCUAUUAAAGUGAUUGAUAAAUAUUGUUGGUGUCCUUUUUAUGAUUGGAAUUUUCGAUUUCCCCGUUGAACAGUGUUAAUUCAUGUUUAUUGGUGUGUCCAGAAGCUUUAAACGUUACACAUAUAUUCACCGACAGUUCUGCUAUAAUACGCACCGAUCACAUGAUUUGUUAAUACAAAAUCAUAUAUGUAUAGCCAUAUGUACAGUUAUAUAUUUGUUUUCUAAAUAUAGUAGGUUCAUUGUAUGUCUGAAAGCCAAAAUGACGUACAAUAUUUUUCGUUUCAUUUGUGCUAUCGUGUUUGGGCAAAAUGACAUCAUUCAUUAGUUUGAAAUUGUCGAUGUAAUUAUUGACAUCCAAAGAAUGUGGUCGCUCCGAUAUGGCUUCUUUGAAAUUUGAUUGUUCUGAAACAGUAUUUCGAUUUAAAUUUAAUAUUGAUCGUCUUAAGUUGGGUGAAAUUGAAACGCCGGAAAUUAAAUUGAGCAAAUUACAUUGGAAAAUUAAGCUAAACAAAAGAUCAACAAGUGAAAGUAAUAAUGACACAGAUGAAAUUGAUGUUUCUUUAGUAUGUGAGCCUUCUUCUGAUAUAAAUAAAACAAUAUGGUCAUGUAACGCGUUAGCGGUUUUCAAAUUGGUAUCGUCGAAACAGGAGAUUGUGAAAACUUUAUCAAAUAAAGAGUUUAACAGUAAGCACUUAUCGCACACAAUUAACGGAUUUGUGCCGUGGAACGAACUAUUGAAUGUAGAAAAUCAAUAUAUGAAUGAAAACGAAGUAUCGCUUGACAUUGAAAUUCAAACGAAUCCAUUGUGCUGCAUAAAAGCGAUGGCCAUGGAACAAUCAUCCACAAAACUUCGACUUAUCGUUGAAAGUGUAAGCAAAUUGGGAAAUGUAUAUUCGCCGGAGGUGAUUUUGCGUGGCAUACGAUUUAAAAUUCAAACAAGAAAAGAAGAUGAACAUUUUGCCGUUUAUUUGUGGGCCGUUGAAGAUGAUAUGGAUAUGAAUUGGUGCUGGGAGGUUUUUUAUUCGUUCAAAUUGUUAUCGUUUAAUAAUAAAGUCGAACCAAUUGACUGUAAAACGACUUCUGAUAUAUUUCGCUAUGGAUGUCCAAGCUGGGGCUACGGUCGCCUUAUAAAAUGGUCGGAAUUCAUUGACCCGAAAAAACGAUUCGUACGAAAUGAUACAGCCAUUAUUGAGAUUGAAUUCACUGUUAAACCACCAAAACCAUUGUGGGAGUGCAAAAAGGAUACAACUUAUACAAAAACAGUUCGAACAUUAGAAUGUUCGAUAUGUUUUGAAAAUUUUUGUGAACGAGAAGUUUGCGCCACAAAAUGCGGUCACUUGUUUUGUACCGAAUGCAUCACUCGAUCAAUUGAAGAUCGUCAAAAGUGUCCCAUGUGCAAUGCUGACGCGGCCAUUGAUGAUCUU